AUGAGCCAUUUUGUGACUCUUUGUGUUUUUGAUGUCCGACUUCAGCCAACAGAAGUGGAGACCCUGGAUCUUUUGAGGAAUUGUCCGGUGUGCAAAUGGGACCUACGGAAGAAAGACCCCAGAAUGCUACCUUGCCUUCAUUCCUUCUGUAAGGACUGUCUUCCGGAUUUGAUUCAAGCAUAUAGCUGUAUUCCCACUGAGUUUGGAGUUCUGUACGAAGGUAUCCUUUCCUGCCCUGUGUGCAAACAGAGCUGUUUUGCAAGGGAUGUAGUUGAAAAUUUCUUUCUCAAGGACAUUCCCACUGGUGAUUCAGCUAUGGCAAAAAGCUGCUCCAUGUGUAAGGAGAAGAGACCUGCUCACAGUCUCUGUACAAGCUGCAAUAAGUGGUUGUGCAGCUCAUGUACAGAGGAACACAGGCAUGGCAAGGAAACCGGAGACCGCUUCCUGGCUGUAUCCCUGAAGGGCUGCACAGCAACGGAAGAUGAAGCAAGGGAGUUUUCCUUGUUUUGUCCAGUGCACAUUCAAGAGCCACUCAAACUGUUUUGUGAGACCUGUGAUACCCUUACGUGCCGCAGCUGCCUUCUGACGGAGCAUAAGGAACACAGGUUCAGACAUCUUGAUGAAGCCUUGCAAAAUCAGAGAGUUAUCCUGGAAAAUGUCAUAACUAAAGUGGAAGAGAAAAAAAAUGGGAUUCAAGUUACAGCUAAACAGAUUGAAGACAGGUUGCUUGAAGUGAAACAUUUAUACAAAAAGGUAGAAAAUGAAAUAAAAAUGGCCAAGAUGGUUUUGAUGAGUGAAAUCAAUAAACGAACAAACAUCCUUCUUGAACAACUUGAAAAAAUCACCAGUGAAAGGAAACAGAAAUUGGAGCAACAACUGCAGAGUGUUGUGGUUUUAGGCAGACAGGUAGAACAUGUGCAGAACUUCAUCCGCUGGGCAGUGUGCAGUAAAAACAGCAUCCCAUUUCUCUUCAGUAAAGAACUGAUUGUAUUUCAGAUCCAGCGCUUGUUAGAGACAAAUUGUAACACAGACAUAGACCCUCCUCUGAAGAUCAGGUUUAAUUGGGAUCCCUCCUACUGGACUAAACAACUGUCCAGUUUAGGAGGUUUCACUAUGGAAGGUGGACACAUUUCUCCUUCAGAUGUACUGCUUUGUGGAAAUAUGCAAGGGUUACAGACCUCCUUGAAUCGUGGGCACCGUUCAGCAGCAUCUCAGCUGGAGCCUGUGAAUAGCCAGCCACAACAGCUUCCACCUGCCGUUCCGUGUCCUUCGCCUGUGUGUUGCUCACACUGCCUCACUGCACCUCACCCAAACAAAGCUCAGCCUUCUUACCAGGACAUCAAGUGCCAUCAAAAUUUUCGACAAACCUCUGAACUGCAUCAGCAGCACUUUCCUCUGCAGUACAGCAUGCAGCAACAUGACAAAGUGCAAAGGGGUGCCCCCCAACCUAUGAAGCUGACACAGUCUGGGCUGGAACAGCAGUCGUGGUCAGAGCCAGAGAAUGUGUCUGGAAGGACGGGAAAGCACUUAUUAUCCCAUCAGCUGCAGCAGACUGCACCCCUGGGUUAUGCCGUUGUAUCACAUGAGUCUCAGCAAGUCCACAUGAGCCAUUCACAGCCAUUCCCCACGCAGGCUUCUCUGCAGGCAUCAACUGUGCAAGUGCAACUCGGUCAUCUCCAGAAGAUAAAAUCUAACCGCUUGCAGCAGCCACCACCGCAGCAGGAGCUGCCACCAGUGUCGCCACCAUCACGUCAGAAUGAGAACACACGCAAACAAGUGAUUCAGCAGAGCCUGGACAUCAUGCACCACCAGUUCGAACUGGAGGAGAUGAAAAAGGAUCUGGAGCUUCUUCUGCAAGCUCAGGGACAGCCCAGCUUGCAGCUGAACCAAGCCAAGCCACCUCAGCAUGUUCAACAGACCAUAGUUGGUCAAAUCAACUACAUAGUGAGGCAGCCAGCCCCAGUUCAGCAGCAAAUCCAGGAUGAAGCACAAGUCUGUGAGAGUUCCAGUGAACUUGAUGCCCAGAAGCUUGUAAUUCCUCUUGACAAAAGUGAUAGUCCCUCCCUGUCACAGUCACUAGAUGAAGAAACCAGUGUCAGCAGUCACUCCUCUGAGAGCACAUUGCAGCAAUCAACUUUCCAUCCAGUGAGAAAGCGUUCAGCAUCCUUAAGCAUUGUGGGCUUUUCAAACAGUUUAGAAAUGGAAUUACCUUCCACAGGGUUAUCUAGUUCAGCCAAUCCACAGAUGCAAGGUGCAGCCGCUGUAACACUUGGCCCGUCCCCAAAUGCCCUUUGUGACUGUGAUACACCUCCAGAGUCAGCGUCCAGCUACAGCUUGGCGCUGGGCAGAGCUCCAAGUGACCUGAGCCCUCAGGCUGCCACUGGCCUCGCAGCAGAUGAUGUGCUUCAGGGCAGCACUACGUGCAAGCUUGAAAAUGAAGACUUCGGCACUGUAGAUCAUCUAGAAAGCAGCUUGGCUACUGCUGGGCAAGAUGUAGUUAAUGAAUUAACUCUUUCUAUGCAAAAAGUGCUGGAAGAACCUAUUAAUCUUUCGAUCAAAAAAUCUCGGCAUUGCACGUCUCCUUCUGAACUACUCAGCAACACUUCUUUCCUGACCGUCAAUGCUAGAAUGAGACAACUUAGAAGCAAAGAAGAUUCCAAUAACUGUGAAAAGGAACAUUUUGAAAUGGAUAUGAAAAGCGAUCAGAAUGCCAGAGCUGGCCCUAAGGAACAAAAGAUUCCCUAUGUGCGACUGGAACGCCUAAAAUUACAUACUUCAGAAGCAGGGGAGCUCCCGAUGUUUAAGCUCCAGCCACAGGACAAUGAGCAGGAGGGCAAUUUCCUCCUGAUAAUUGAGUCUGGAACCCAGUCUUCAAGUAUAUCUAUGAAGAUAAAUAGAGAUAGUCCACCUGAAGGACUGAAAUCCAAAGAGGACAACUCAUAUGACAGGAAGUUUCCCAUAUCCCAGGCUACAGGACAGACAGAAUUUCCUCCUGUAGAUACUCUGUCUGUUGAUCAGAAGCUCACUGACAUGAAAAAAUCUCCAGUUACUCAGGAAGUCAAUCCAAUUGAAAAUGAGGAUUUCUGUGCUGUGUGUCUUAAUGGAGGAGAACUGUUGUGCUGUGAUCACUGCCCCAAGGUCUUCCAUCUCUCCUGCCAUGUUCCAGCCCUGCUUAGCUUUCCAGUGGGAGAAUGGGUGUGCACACUUUGCCGUAAUCCAGUGAAGCCAGAGGUAGAAUAUGACUGUGAAAACACACGCUACAGCAACAGCUACAGUGCACAAUAUGGCCUCAAUGACUGUGACCAGAAGAAGUGUGAAAAGCUGGUGCUUUCCCUGUUCUGCAGUAGUAUGAGCCUCCCAUUCCAUGAACCUGUCAGCCCCCUGGCUCGGCAUUAUUAUCAGAUCAUCAAAAGGCCAAUGGAUUUGUCAGUCAUACGAAACAAACUGCAAAAAAAGGACAAGUCUCACUAUUCUGCACCUGAGGAACUUGUGACUGACGUGCGUCUCAUGUUUUGGAACUGUGCAAAGUUCAAUUAUCCAGAUUCAGAGGUUGCUGAGGCUGGACGAUGCCUAGAUGUAUUCUUUGAGGGCAAACUGAAGGAGAUUUAUCCAGAUAGACACUUUCCUUCAAUGCAACAAGACGACUCUGAUUCUGAAGAAGCGGAGAGUCAGAAUAGCAAAAUGCGACUCCAGGAUUUUCAGUGGCCAUCGUACGGAGAGGAGGGCAUUCAGCCUAAGAGGAGACGGCGCCAUGCUGAAAGUGAAAAAACUAAAAGAAUGGUGUUUCAGCCGGCUAACAGCCUUCCUCAGAUAUGA